UGGGGGAAAUGGACUGCGCAGAACAUCCAAUACCGUGAUUUCCGAUUGCGAAUACGGCUUUUCCUUUGCUGGUGUUGGCACGGGAUGCGUAAUAUCGCAGUUAUUGCGCUGAGGACACGAUACGGGGGAAAUACAAAGCGCAGGAUUUUAUGACAAGUGGAGGGGAUAAUCGCAGUUUUUACUUCAUAUUGUCGUGUUUAAAUUGUUAGAUCUAAUAAAGGUUGUAGGCUACAGGAGCGGUGCGUAUCUUGCAGCGCUGGAGUUUGCUGCUGGCUGCGUCUCCCUAGGAUGUCGUGCAGUCGGAAAGAAUGUUACAUGCUUGUGGAAUCUUUCCAGUCACGGACUGUAUUCGCUCCUGCGCUGCUGUGUGAAGGGUUCGCUCUUGAAGUUAGAAUUACAGAAAUGUUUCUAAAUCAGUGUGCUGCUUUGGUUGGUGAAGACCAGCCCCUCUGCCCGGACCUCCCCGAACUCGACCUCUCAGAGCUUGAUGUCAGCGACCUGGAUGCAGAUAGCUUCCUGGGCGGGCUCAAGUGGUACAGUGACCAAUCAGAGAUCAUUUCCAGUCAAUAUGGCAACGAGGCUUCUAACUUGUUUGAGAAGAUAGAUGAGGAAAAUGAGGCCAAUUUGCUGGCAGUGCUUACAGAAACCCUGGACAGCAUCCCAGUGGACGAGGACGGAUUGCCUUCGUUCGAGGCCCUGGCAGAUGGGGACGUGACCAAUGCCAGUGACCAGAGCUGUCCCUCCACCCCCGACGGCUCGCCGCGCACCCCCGAACCAGAGGAACCCUCCCUGCUGAAGAAGCUCCUUCUGGCGCCCGCCAACUCCCAGCUCAGCUAUAAUCAAUACAUAGGUGACAAGGCACAAAACCAUGCAGCCAGCAACCACCGCAUCAGACCACCAGCUGCUGUUGUCAAGACGGAGAACUCCUGGAACAGCAAGCCGAGGGGGGGCUGUCCGCAGCAGAGCCGUCUAGUGAGGCGCCCGUGCACCGAGCUGCUCAAGUACUUGACCGCCACCGACGACAUCCUCCUCCAGACCAAAGCCGGCGAAGCCAAGAGCGCCUGGGGGGGCGGCGGCAAAGACAAGGGCGGCCUGCUGGGCGCCUCGUCCUCUUCCUCCUCACCAUCCUCCACCACUUCCUUCUCCUCCCUCUCCUCCUCCUCCUCCUCGAUUGCCUCCAAGAAGAAGUCGUCCUCGUCGUCUGUCGUGUCACAGCAGCAGCAGCAGCAGCCACAUCACCAGCGAGGUGAGAGCCGGGCUGCUGGCGAGUGUAGUGUGGCUGGUGUGGGGGCUGGGAAGUGGCGUCGCUGCGCUCAUGGGGCUGGUGGCACUGAGGGACAGUCCGAACCCGCGGUGGCACCCGCUCCUGUCCCACAGGCACGUAGGAACGACAGCGUCCAUGCCUGCCCCAAACUGGAGCGCAGGCCGUCCAGUGAAGAAGGAAGGCCGCCAGGUCCGCAGCCUGCGGUGGACGCGGGCCGCCUGGCAGCCGCUAGGUUCAUUAGGUACAUGCAUUCUUAUUCUCUCCCUCCUAGAGAGACGGGUCAGACAGGCAGCUGUGGGCGUUGCCGUAAGGCGGGCGCUGCCACUCAGGCAAUUGAGUGUUGGGGCAGGCAUGACCGCGGUGCAGCGGGGCACAUCGCAGUGACCGUUAAGAAAAGAGAGGAGGAGCCAGGGCAUCCAUUGCUUAGUCAGCUGCUGACCUCCAAGCAGAGGCCCGCCCGCUAUCAGGCCCACUUGUUCCCGCCCACUACUACCCCUCAGCCUUGCAAGAGCAGUUCUUCAAGAAUGAGCUCGGGAGUCCUGGAGAGGGAUGAGUGUCCCAGCCAGGCUAUUGAGGUGGAGAAGGAGCACAGAGGGACUGUCAAUUUCAAUCCCGGCAGAUGGGGUCUCAGACAGGCCAAGGAGCCUGAUUCGGACCCCCUGUUGGCCGAGAGCUUAGGCUUAGGCAGCUGGGUUAGCCAGCCAGACCAGGGGCUAGAUUUGGGGCUGGGGCUGGGGCUGGGCUGGCUGGAGGUUGGCCUGGUGGAGCAGGCUGACUGUUUCGGGGAGGAUGUUCACGAUGAUGAUGCCAUAGGCAGCCCCAUGGCGCUCUCAUGGGGCCUGCCAAGCCCAUUCUUCCCAGAUUCUAGAAAUCCAGACCCCACUCCCUCCGUCACACAGCAGCACCUACACAUGCAGGCAGUCUGCAGGCACCCCGAGGACCAGAGCCUCCCGUUGUUAGCCAAACCAACCACCUUGCCACUUCCUUUGACCCCAGAGUCUCCAAAUGACCACAAGGGAUCACCGUUUGAGAACAAAACCAUUGAACGCACAUUGAGUGUGGAGAUCUCUGGAACCCCAGGUCUGACACCACCUACCACGCCCCCCCACAAAGCCAGUCAAGAGAACCCUUUCAAAGCAUCGUUCAAAACCAAGUUGUCUUCAUGCUCCCCAUCUGCCCUGGCGUGCAAGAGGGCUCGGCUGAGCGAGGCGAAACCCUGCAGGCCCCUAGGCCCAACCUCGGCCCCAGGCAGGAAGGGCCCAGAGCAGACUGAGCUGUACGCCCAGCUAAGCAAAGCGUCCACUGCUCUCCCCACCUCUGUGGUUGCUGCGACGACAGGGGGCUGCAAGGAGGAGCGCUGCUGCGGCAACAACAAGCGGAGUGUCCAGCCUUGCUGCUACGACGACCACGACUAUUGUCAGUCCACGGCGGCCAGCACAAAACAGGACCCUGCCGCCGGCGCUAACGCUAAUGUGGCUAACGCUACCAUUACCAUGACGACUACUACGACAACCCCUCUGAAGCCCAAUCCGGUUGUGGCGGAGGACAGGCAUGUGGAAUGUAAGGACUCAGCCAUGCCACCAUCCUCCUCCUUUUCUUCCUCCUCUUCAUCCUCUACAUCUCCUCCUCCAUCUUCAUCCUCUUUGGCAAAGCAGCUGCAGCCGCAGCAGAGCUCUUCCCCUGUGGGUAAGGAGGCUCGGGGGCAGGACCAGACCCCCAUCACCCAGGACAAACCACACCCACUACAGACCCCAGAAGGGGACCAGCACUCUGCCAGCAGGAAGCAGUCCCUGCGAGACCAGGAUAUCCGGGCGGAGCUCAACAAGCACUUUGGCCGCCCCCAGCAAGCCAUCUAUAGCCAGGGUGAGAAGGGGGAGGAGGUGGUGGUGGAGGAGGGGAGACAGGGAGGAGGGGAGAUGGCCGGAGCCCUGCAGACCCCCAAAGAGAGCCCUGCUGGGUACGAGAACUACCCCAAGCUCCCUACUUCUGGGUCUGGUUCUACUGGGUACCUGCACCCGGGCCUCUCUCCCUUCCACGAGGAGCUGGAGGGUCAGGGCGUCGAGGGACACUUCCUCUACCCCUGGGAGGGCACCCCCCUGGACCUGCUUUUCGAGUCCUGCUCGCCAUCCUGCUCGCUGUCCAGCUGCUCCCCCUCACGGGGUUCCGUCUCGCCCCCCUCCUCCAUCCUCCUCUCCCCCAGACACUUCCACUGGCCCCGCUCGGGCUCCCCCUCCUCCCGCUCUCACUCCCGGUCCCGCUCCCGCAGUUCCUCCUCCCACCACCGGAGGCGCUCCCUCUCCAGCUCACCUGACGGACGCCCCUCCUCCAGGUCUCGCCACAACACGGACUCCAGCACUUUGCGGUCCAGGACCCACAAAAGCCCUCAGUCACAGUCCAGAUCCCCCCUCAGUCGCAGGCCAAGGUACGACAGCUAUGAGGAAUACCAGCACGAGUGUCUGAAGCGGGAGGAGUACCGCCAGGACUACGAGAAGAGGGAGUUUGAGAGGGCGGAGCAGAGGGAGAGGCAAAGGGAAAAAGCAAUACAGGAGGAGAGACGGGUGGUGUACGUGGGGAGACUGAGGUCCGACAGCACGCGGACCGAGCUGAAGCGGCGCUUUGAAGUCUUCGGCGAGAUCGAAGAGUGUGCCGUGAACCUGAGAGAUGACGGGGACAAUUUUGGCUUCAUCACCUACCGCUACACUUGUGACGCCUUCGCUGCCCUUGAAAACGGACACACCUUACGCCGGUCAAACGAGCCCCAAUUCGAGCUGUGCUUCGGUGGACAAAAGCAGUUCUGCAAAUCGAAUUAUACAGACUUGGAUUCCCAUUCUGACGACUUUGAUCCAGCCUCCACUAAAAGCAAGUACGACUCCAUGGAUUUCGACAGCUUGCUGAAAGAGGCCCAGCGCAGCCUGAGAAGGUAACGGUUGUCCUGUCACCUGCUGUCUACAAAGAAGGAUGUCUUGAUACCUCACUAAUGUUUCUGUCCUUUGACUACGAGACUACCAGAAGUUUUACACUCUACGUAAGAGAGUAUAUAAAGAUGAAUCUCUAUAUAUAGACCUAUAUAUAUAAAGUAUAUUAACAACGAUGUUUACAUGAACAUAGCUUCUGAAGAAGCUGGGAAGAGACAGUACCGGGUGAGCCAGUGAAUCCUCAUAGCCUGUGUACAGAUGCGUGUGCUGUACUGUUGUACAACGGUCAGUGAAAGACAAAGACGUUGAUGAGAUGUUUUCUCUCCAAGCACUACAAACACCCAACAAAUGCUUUGAGUGGUGAAAAUGUGCAGGUUGUUCAGGCUUUUUCGUUAUCUUUUUUUUGUGCCUGAUUUUAUUUUCUUUAAAAAAAAUCUGGUGUUUGGAUGUGGUGUUACACUAUUAACGAGAGAUAACAAUGCUAUCUACAUUUACGGACAAAAAUGUAGCCCUGUAUUUACAGAUAUGAUCGAAAUAUGUUGUAUUUUUUUGUGUAAAUAUCAGACAAAGUUCUUUAUUUGUUACAGCUAUGCACUGUAAAAUGCAGCCUUUUGAUGAAGAGAUUUUCUUAAUUAAGAAUGUCGAUCUGUAGUUAUUACAAUGAUGUGAAACAUAUUGUACACCUACAUGAAGUUUAGAAGACAUGACAUGAUUGUAAAAAAUGUGUUGGAGGCUCAUUUCGAGGGAGCAUGUCAACAAAUCUCCUUUUUUGACAUUUAUUUUGUUGGGGGAAAAAGUUAGCCAUUUAUAGUUUUAUGUUUAAAGUUUCUCAGUGUUUUUCCUUAUACAACUAGUCUAAAAUUUAUUUUUAACGUGUUUUUUCAUGAUUGUAAAAAAACGAACCCCAUUUUUUAAUGAAUUAUUUCUGAAACAAUCAGUAUGUAUCAGCUCAUUUUGAUUUCAAUGAUUUUUAUGGUUCUUGUUUUGAUAAUUUUACCCUCUUUGAGGAAAGACUACUACUAUGUUUAAUCUGUUCAAACAGGAUAAACCAUGCAUAUUUAUCUAUUUAUUUUAAUAUUUGAAUCAAAAAUAUUUAUGGUUCCCAUGUCACAUGGUGUACCUCACACAUUUUAGCUAUUUAUAUUGUUAUUAGAUUUUUGUUAUUUAAUUUACAAUCAGUGGUAAGAUGUACAAUAAAUAACAGUUUUGUGGGAAUAUUUCUUUCUAUGCCUUUCAGAAACAAUCAAAAUAUUCUUAAUAAUCUCCUUGACAGUGGGAUGAGAUAUGCUGCUCAUUGUCCAAGUGAUUUCUGUCUCCACAACAGUGGUUUGCAGCCAUGGCAAAAUGUCUACCACAUUAUUUUCCUUUAUACACAGUAGAACAUGAAGCAAUAAAAUGAUUUUGCAGGUAUUUUGUUGUA